AUGACCGAAGCGAUCCUGCCUAUGGAUCAAGGCGAACAUAACAAGCAAGCCAAACAGAUCGUGUAUGAGAGACAUACGCUUCGCCCGAAUUCGAACUUCAUACGCGUUCUUGACGUGCGUCCGAUUCCCAAAGAUGCUACGAAAGACGUGCCUGUCGAAUGCAGUUUACGCGUCAUCAAUCUCGACCACAAACCCGAUUUCACGGCAUUGUCAUACGUAUGGGGUGACACAGAUGAUAAGCGCAGCAUCGUGUGCGACGGUGCUUUGUUCGAGGUUACCGAGAACUGUUACUCAGCCUUGUGGCAUCUGAGUAAGAAGCUUCAGGGCCUGGUUAUUUGGGUAGACGCAAUUUGUAUCAACCAAGAUGAUAGGAAUAAAGAGAAGGAAUGGCAGAUUACUCUCAUGGGAGAAGUAUACACCAAGGCCAGGAAAUGUAUGCGUGGUUGGGAGAGGGCGACGAUAGGUCCAAUCAAGUGA